UUUCCCGAUCGAGAGAGACCAGAAAAGCGAAAACCAUCUGGUUUUUUUCCGGGAAAUAGCUGGUUUUCUUUUCCUUUCACGUUUAUCUCCUCUGUCGGAUCCCUUUACAAAUUCUUCUUUAAUUUUCCUUUUUCUUUUUGGCUUUGUUUGUGGGGUUGACGCUGAAGAGAGCAAUUUCCCUUUGUUAUUUGCUGAUUUUGUUUCAUCCCCCACACUCUUUUCUGGUUUUCUGUUAUUAUGUGCUUUGAUUUUCUGGGAUUUGUUCAAUGCAACUUCUUGACUGUUGUUUGUGACUGACUGCAUUUGAGUUGGGGACUUAACAAAAAGGAAGAUGAAUUGCUUUCAAUGUUGCUUGACAGACAAGAAAGUCGAUAGAAAAUCUCUGAAAAAGAGCAUUAAGGAGUAUCAGGACACAAAAGCUCUAACCUCUUUUGCCAACAUUUCCUUUAAAUCUGAUAGCAGUCGACGAAGGUACAUAACUGAGGAGAUAAAGAAGUUAGGAAAAGGAAACAUCACAGCUCAAACGUUUACAUUUGGUGAUCUAACCACUGCUACUAAUAACUUCGACCAUGAAAAUCUAUUGGGGGAAGGUGGUUUUGGAAGGGUGUACAAAGGCAUCCUUGAAAGCACAAAACAAGUAACAGCUGUGAAGCAACUCGACCGAAAUGGAUUUCAAGGAAACAGAGAAUUCCUUGUAGAGGUUUUGAUGUUGAGCCUUCUUCACCAUCCCAAUCUUGUGAAUUUGAUUGGGUAUUGUGCUGAUGGGGAUCAGAGGAUCUUGGUUUAUGAGUACAUGGCUCACGGCUCCUUGGAAGAUCAUCUUCUUGAUCUAGCGCCGGAUAAGACGCCUCUGGACUGGAAGACGAGGAUGAAAAUUGCUGAAGGAGCAGCGAAAGGACUUGAAUACUUACACGAAACUGCGAAUCCUCCUGUGAUAUAUCGCGAUUUCAAAGCUUCGAACAUAUUGUUGGAUGAUGAAUUCAAUCCAAAGCUUUCUGAUUUUGGUCUUGCAAAGUUAGGUCCUACUGGGGAUAAAUCUCAUGUUUCCACUAGAGUGAUGGGAACCUAUGGUUAUUGUGCUCCUGAAUACGCACUCACAGGACAGUUAACAACGAAAUCAGAUGUUUACAGUUUUGGUGUCGUGUUUCUGGAAAUAAUAACUGGAAGACGAGUUAUAGACAACGCGCGACCAACAGCAGAGCAAAACUUAAUCACUUGGGCACAGCCUCUUUUCAAGGACAGAAGGAAAUUUACACUCAUGGCAGAUCCAAAGCUAGAAGGAAACUAUCCAGUGAAGGCUCUGUAUCAAGCUCUGGCAGUGGCAGCCAUGUGUUUACAAGAGGAAGCGGGUACACGGCCAUUGAUCAGUGAUGUGGUUACAGCUAUCGAAUUUUUAGCUGCAGAUAAGGAUACCGAUGCAGACGUAGAUGACGAAGAGCCAGGUUUGAUAUCGGGAGCAGGUUUGGGUUCAGAUUCUCCUGAUAGAAGUAGUAGUAAUGGUGAUAAAAAUGUUGAUGUUGAGGGUGAGUGAUGGGAGGUGAUUUACAAUUUGAUUGACUAAAGGGAGAAGACAUUUGGAGCUUUGGCAACUGUAACUGGGGCAGCUUGGCUCCCCAUUUCCUUCAUUCUUUUGAAUAUUUUCCAGUAUGACAAGGCCAUUUAAGGAUA